CAGAAGAGUGGUAUUUCGGAUAAUACCGAAACGGUUCAGUAAAAUGCCGUAGUUACAAAGGCCGCUCUUGAUGAUGUAACGCCGCCAUGGCGAUUUCGCCGCUCGGCGCCCUCGCCAGGCGUCUCCGGACUCUACUUUCUUACUCUUCUUCUCCUCCUACUCCUCCUUCACCCUACUUCCCAUCUCCCUACAAAGCCCUCCACCGCGGCCCCACCCAAAUCGUAAUCCCUUUCUCUCUUCCCGGCGGUGGCCUGUCCGCUGCCGCAUCCUUCCUCCUCUUUCGGUCCCAUCGACGCCCCCUCCUUUUCCUUUCCCUCGUCAACAAUCCCUUACCGAGGCACUAUUCCUCCAGCCCUUCCGACCGCGGGGUCGAGUCUCGGGAGGAUCAGCAGUCCCCCGCGCGUUCCCCGCGCCAUGAGGAGCAGGGGGGCCUCCUAUCGAUGGCCCAGCAGGAGAAGCAGAGCCGGUUCAUCCCUGUCAAGGCUUAUUUCCUUUGCACUAGUAUUGACUUGAGGAGCUUGCAGGCCCAAAAUGCAUUUAAUAUCGUCACCCCUCAUACCUCUCGAGCCACCAAUUACAUUGUACUCCGAUACCAUGAUGAUAAUAACGAUUCUCAGAAGGUUAUGAAGACUGAUUUUCCAAGUGAAGUUUCUUGCCAUUAUAUGGUUGUGUUUCAUUAUGGUUCAGUUGUGUUGUUUAAUGUUUCUGAUCAUGAAGUUGAUGGGUAUCUGAAGAUUGUUGAAAAGCAUGCUUCAGGUAUACUGCCAGAAAUGAGAAAGGAUGAUUUUGCAAUAGUUGAGAAACCAACUCUUGAGAAUUGGAUGCAAGGUGGACUUGAUUACAUAGUGCUGAAGACUUUGAAUAUGGAUGGCAUACGAAUCAUAGGAAGAGUUCUUAGUCAAAGCAUUGCUUUAGAUCACUACAUUCAGCAAGUUGAUGGAAUGGUGGCCGAAUUUGCAGAAAUCAACCGUGUUUUGGAGAAGACUGGAAUUUCUACUAUGCAACGGAAGCAACUUUUCCAGUUAGUGUGGAGAUCAAAUUCUAACCUCACUGCUGUGAUUCUCAAACUCGGGCUUUUUGAGAGUUCAGAUAUUGCUUGGAAGAAUGCUAACUAUGCACAGGUAUGGGAGUAUCUUCGGGAUGAAUAUGAGCUAUCACAGAGAUUUGAAAAUCUUAAUUUUAAAUUGAAAUUUGUGGAGCAUAAUAUCAGUUUCAUCCAGGAAAUCCUUCAGAAUCGAACAUUUGUUUUCUUGGAGUGGCUGAUCAUUUUUUUGAUUGCUCUAGAUAUCUUCCUCUCAUACAUUCUACAUUAAAGAACCAUUGCUUCCGCAAUCUGACUACGGCCAGAAACUAGGCAAUGAGGAAACUGUUUAUUUUCAAUGAUUGGACUGGCGUGCUAAAACAAAUUUGUUUGUCAUCAUCUACCAACGACAAUGGGUAGAUUUUGUUGAGUUCAGAAAAACAAUAUACCAUGAACUUUGCAGUCCUAGGUAAUUUUGUUUUUGCAUGUAAAUUCUGCAUGUAAAAUUUUAAUUAAGUGAUGGGAAGGGAAGGGGAAACGAAUUGCAAUCAUUAACGUUGCUGAGCUGCUGAACUUGUAGUUGGAGUGCUAGUGAUGCAGAACGUUGUAAUCCAUUAAGCAGCGAAUUUUUGUUUGUU